UCGUGAAUGAAAAUUAUGUUUACAUGACCAUCUUAAUCGUUACAUCAAUAUUCUUCUUCUUGAGUGCAUCAAUUAUAGCCCAAGAAGACACCACCAAAUUCGAAGAGUGUGGCAAGGCAUACAAUUGUGGACAAAUGUCCAUCUAUUACCCUUUCUGGGGUGAGGAGAGACCAAGUUUCUGUGCCAGCAAUCACCAAUUCAAGCUCAAGUGCGAGGCUAAUCAAAACACUACCAUUCAACUUGGCUCACAAACCUUCCAAGUGCUUCAAUAUGAUCAGGUGCGUUAUACCUUGACGAUGGUUCGAACAGGUCUUGUCUAUGAUAAUUGUUCUUCCGCGGCCUUAACCAACACUUCCUUGGACUCGAGUCUCUUUACUUACACGCCAAAUGCUAGGAACAUCACCAUCUUCUAUGGUUGCCCUAGCUCCGUGACUUCAAAUAGCACACACUCUUUUAUGUGCCGGGAAGGUGGUGACAAGGGUGCUUUUUAUGGGGACCCAAAAACUAAAAAAAUUCAGGAUUGUGAAGGAGAUAGUAUUGAAGUGCAAGUAACAGGAGAAGAACAUGAGCCUGAUGGUGGAAUUCAAGGGCUGAACAAAGCCUUGAGUAAAGGGUUUCAAGUGCAUUAUUCUUCAGAAGCUCAAGUUCAACUGUGCGUAAAAUGCAUUUUAAGUAAUGGAACAUGUGGGGCUAAUGAUGAGUCUCAGUUUUCAUGCUUUUGCCAGGAUGGAUCUGAAGCUUUAAAUUGUUCUCAUCAUCGUAGUGAUAAGUGGAAUUGGAAAAGGAAGCUCGGCAUAGGCCUUGGAGCUGCUGUGGUGAGUGCAAUUGCAGUUGGCAUUGCCUUCUAUAUCUAUUAUAGUCGUCAAAAGAAGAAGAAUCAUCUUCGUGAAGUAUCAUCAUCUGUACUAUCUCACGGAAUCUCUUGUGGUUCUUCAUCUGAAGACCCUGAGAUGGGAUGUAAAUACUUUGGACUCCACUUCUUCUCCUAUAGUGAACUUGAAGAGGCCACAAACUUCUUUGAUCCUGCAAGACAACUGGGAGAUGGAGGAUUUGGCACAGUCUAUUUCGGCAAACUUCAUGAUGGACGUUUGGUUGCAGUGAAAAGAAUGUACGAGAACAGUGACAAGGGAGUUGAGCAAUUCGCGAACGAAGUUGAGAUCUUAACUGGCCUACACCAUCAAAACCUUGUGUCACUAUACGGUUGCACAUCUCGGCACAGCAGAGAACUCCUCCUCGUAUACGAAUACAUUCCAAAUGGAACCGUAGCUGACCACCUUCACGGUCAAAGAGCAAAGCCAGGCACACUCCCUUGGCACAUCAGAAUGAACAUCGCCAUAGAAACCGCGAGUGCAUUGGUAUAUCUCCACGCUUCUGACAUCAUCCACAGGGACGUGAAAACCAACAACAUUCUCCUCGACAACCACUUCAGUGUCAAAGUAGCAGAUUUUGGCCUCUCACGUCUCUUACCAAUGCAUGUCACACACGUUUCCACUGCCCCACAAGGGACACCUGGCUAUGUUGAUCCAGAAUAUCACGAGUACUACCACCUCACUGAUAAGAGUGAUGUUUAUAGCUUUGGGGUGGUGCUGAUUGAGCUUAUAUCAUCCAUGCCUGCGGUUGAUAUCACAAGGAGUAGGAAUGAGAUAAACUUGUCCAACAUGGCCAUUAAGCGGAUCCAAAGUGGGGCGUUGCAUGAGCUGGUGGACCCCACUCUAGGGUUUGAGAGAGAUUUCAAGGUGAGGAAAAUGAUCAAUGGUGUGGCUGAGUUGGCGUUUCAGUGCUUGCAGAGUUCCAAAGAUGUGAGACCCUCUAUGGCAGAAGUGUUGGAUAGAUUAGAGGAUAUAAGGAGUGAUGGAAAGUGUAACGGGGGGCCUGAGGUGAUGGAUUUAUCAGAAGAUAAUGCUGCUUUGCUCAAGAAUAAUGAACCACCUCCAUCAUCACCUGAUUCAAAUUUGGUCACCUUGUCUACACCACCACAUGGUACCUGUACAUAGAAUGAUGGACCUGAUUUCGUUAUGAAAGCGGAGUCUGAUGGAUCAUUUUUUUAUUGUUAAUUCUUUUAUGCAUGUGCGUAAUGACAUUAGUAACACGGACACAUUUAUAAGGACAUGUUUUGACUGAUACCAUGAAGGAAAAAAAAAAAUGAAUGGACUGUUUUCUUCUUAAUUUGUUUUGGGAAAAGGUCUCAUAAGGGUUAUGCCCUGCUUCAUUUAUGGCUAUCAUAUACUGUAUUUAUAUAGAGAGAUUCUUGUAAUGAAAACCUUA